ACCGUACUUCCCUCAUGCUCUAGCUCAAAUGUUACCCUCAAUAAUGAUGUGCUCACAUUGAUCUUUGAGAAAGUGGCUACAUGUGGAAAUAUCAAAGAGGUUCUGGAAUUGAGGACCGUUUCCUCAUGGGCAGCAUAUGGAAUUGAUCGCUCUCUGACGAAAAAUACACAUAUUAAAGUUGACAUCCGCUCUCCUAUAGAAUUUCGAAUUACUGGGCUCAGGAAGGAGAAACUGCCCGUACCAGAGCCAGUGAUCUACAUCCAGGGAUCUCGAGUAACUCCUAAAGCUGCCAUCAAACUCCUAAAAUUCCUCAUUGGCAAAAUGCGAACGAUCACAGAACUCUCAUUGAACAUCGAAGAUUCCGAUCUAACCACUUUCAAUGCACUUUUAGAUCAGCUGAUACAGGCUGAUAACGUGAAACUUGAAGUUCUGCGGCUGAAAAGAGUGAAAGGUGGUCAGAGCAUACCAAAAGUCUGUGAUUUAAUCAUGGCAAAUGCCGAUACAUUGCGAAUUGUUGGUCGAAUUGGACUUUCUGAAGCGCGUGCAUUGAACUCAUCUGUAGGUUUUGUCGACGAUUUUGGAGGGCGGCACUAG